GCCCAAUCGACUGGGGGUCGCUCGGGUCCAAGGGGUUUGGGGUGUCAGCCAUGACCUUGAGGGGGUAGGCGCCCCGCCUCGUCCGAAGUAGAAAAAGAGAAGAAGUAUAUAGAGAGAGAAAGUAGAGAGAAGUUAGAGUAAGAGUAGAUAGAUUGCCAUUUAUGAGGAGAGAACUCCUAUUUAUACACAUUUGGGGGUUAGGUCGUGGUCUGGGCGCCUGCCAAGCCAUAAAUGCAGUGGUCGGGCGCCUCAGACUCUCUGACACUGUACAUUGUACUUUUGGCAGGGGGUGUCCCCCUGCCCCUAGUCCUUGCUGAUGUAAGGUGCCUGGACUUGUCUCC